AUGGCACAGACUUGUGCACCGGCCCUUCUUAUCUUCUUUUGCGCUUGCGCCCUUAUCACCACCGUGCUCGCUCGUCAACAGCCCACGACCUCCAACGACUUGGCCGCAGCCCAGCGAGAGCUGCUCCGGCGCUUGUCCCUCUCCCCACCCACGCACCCCGCCGCCGCUCCCCUGUCGUCGGCCGACAUCAACGACCUCGUCCAACGCUUCACCGCGGACUUGAAGAAGAGGCAGGAGGCCGGUGGUCCGGUGCCCUCGGGUCUCACUCCGCUGGUCAUCGUGCCCUCGCUCUUGGGCAGCCGCCUCCAGGCGCAGCUCAACCAUGCUCAGCCCAUCUACGGCUACGCCAUCCACGGCCUCACCCACGGCGCCGGCCCCCAGAACAAGCAGGCCCUCCGCAUGUUCCUUGACAUACUCAGCUCCCCCAAAUGA